AUGGAACAAGGUCAGACUAGUUUAAAUUCUGUAUCUCUUUUUGUGUCUAAGACUUACAUGAUGGUCAGUGAUCCUAUAACUGAUGUCAUUGUUUCAUGGAGUUCUACCGGUAGGAGUUUCGUUGUUUGGAAUCAACCUGAAUUUUCAGAACAUUUGUUGCCUAAAUUUUUUAAGCAUAACAACUUCUCGAGUUUCGUCAGACAACUUAACACAUAUGGCUUUAAAAAGAUUGGUCAAGAGCAAUGGGAAUUCUAUAAUGAAAAUUUUGUAAGAAAUCAACCAGAUCUCCUGAAGAAUAUCCAAAGGCGUAGACCAGUUUUUAGCCAUUCUGCGCCUAAUGCUCAAAGCCAACGAGAUGCGGCUUCUGGUUCUGGUUCUGCUGCUGUUCCAUUAACAGAAUCAAUGCGGCGGAAUUUUAAAACUCAGAUAGAAAAACUCAGACAUGAAAAAGAACAAUUACUUAGGGAUCGUCAGAGGCAGCACGAGGAGUGGAAUCAGAAUGAGAUGCGGUUACAUUACUCGAAGGAUCGUUUGCAACAGUUGGAAAUUAAUCAACAAAGUUUGAUCUCUUUCGUCGGUCAAGUGCUGCAGAAAUCCGUGGAAGAGGCAAGUCUCCUGCCCUCUACAGUAAACACGGGGACAAAACGAAGUUAUCUGGGAAAUAGUCACUAUAAUAACUUAGCUAACGUUGAACUUUGGAAGGAACCUUCGGAAGAGUUAGCUAGAGCAAACGCUGAGAGUGCGUCUGUUCUCAGUAUAACCAUGGAACGAUUAGUUCUGCUAGAGUCAUCAUUGACGUUUUGGGAAAAUCUUGUAAAGGAAGUUACCGACACGUCUUAUGACACUAGUUCAAACUUGGACUUUGAUGAUUCUAUGAAUAGUGCACAACUAGAUUUUGAAGUUCAGCCCAAUUCAUCAGGAAACAGAAUGAACUCUGUGACAGAUUUAGCUGUUGUUCCUGAUCCUGGUGAUUUCUUUGUUUAUGAUCCUAUUGUACCAGAGCCAGCUGCUAUCGCAGUUUCUGAUCCAAUUGCACCUGAGCCGGUUGUUACCGUUGUUCCUGACUCCGAUACAUCGGAAGAACAACCUGUCGGAAUAAUCCCGGGUACAACUGAAUUUAAUACACAAUUUUGGCAAAAAUACUUGGUGGAAGAUCCUUAUGAGUUUGAAUCAGAAAAUCCCCGUGAAAUUAGCAAAUACUGCUGGAGCAUCAAGGAAACAAAAAAACCUCAAAUUGAUCAAGCAUGGAAAGCUUAG